AUGCUCCUCACGCAAUGCUCAUUUUGCGCUGUCGACCUUGGCCUAACUUUGGGCAAGAAAUGCGGCCGCUGCAGCACGCGCUACUGCGGGGCAGCCUGCCAGGUGCAGCACUGGAAAGAGGGCGGGCACGACAAGCUGUGUAGACUGAUUAAAAAAGGAGGCGGUGCCGAGCAGUAUAAUGCGAAUAAGAAGUACACGGAGGCCGUAGCAGUCGCGGCGGCGUGCGCGGAGGACACGAAGGGCCAGACGUGCUACAUCUGCACGCAAGCCCUCCACUGGAAGACGAAGGAGGGCCUCGUGCGAGGGUGCGCUUGCCGCGGGACGGCGGGCUUCGCGCACGUGUCGUGCCUGGCGGAGCAGGCGAAGAUUUUGUUCGCGGAGGCCGAGGAGAAUAAUUUGGGCGACAAGGCGAUGAAUGAAAGAUGGACGCGGUGGCACAAAUGCAGCCUGUGCAAUCAAGAUUACCAUGGCACCGUGGCGUGCGCGCUCGGGUGGGCGUGCUGGAAGACGUACGUCGGACGGCCGGAGGGGCACUGGAUUCCGGGAGCUGCGAUGGCGCUGCUUGGUAGCGGUCUAUCCAAUGUAAAUCUUCACGAGGACGCGUUGUCCGUGAGAGAGGCCGAGUUGGCUAGGCUGCGGCGCUUUGGCGGGCUAGAAGAGACAAUCCUUGCCAUGCGGCGCAACAUUGCGAACUCGCAUCAAAAGCUCGGACGGAACGAACAGGCACUGCGGUUGAUGGGAGAUGUAUUUUCUGGAUAUGUGAAGCUCAACGGCGAGGAACAUGAACAAACCCUCCUAGCGGCCCACAACUACGCGAAUUCCCUUCUUUGCCUAAAGCGCUUCGAAGAAGCCAAGUCUCUGAUGCGGAAAACGAUACCCGUGGCGCGACGCGUUCUCGGAGAAAGUAACCAGACGCUCAAGAUGAGGGCGAUGUACGCGACGGCGCUCUACGAUGACCCGGCCGCCACGCGCGGCGAUCUCCGCGAGGCCACGACGACGCUCGAGGAUAUAGAACGGACCACGCGGCGCGUGCUCGGUGGCGCGCACCCUCUUGUACGGACGAUUGAACGAAAUCUGCAAGAGGCGCGAGGCGCGCUCUACGCCCGCGAAAGCGGCGCCGUCGAGUCCAUCCGUGAGGGGGUGGGCGCGAUGACGGCGGGGGGUGCGUAAUAAGACGG